AUUCAUUUACCAUAAUUUCGAAAGAGUCAUUUUCAGAUUUGUCCAAUGAAGAUUUUGCGCCGAAUUCACUUGCCUUGGAAACCGAUGAUUUCUUUUUAAUCUUGUCUAAUGAAAGUUUCACAUCAAAUGCUCCUGACGAGGUUUUAAAAAAUGGAUUUCGCAAUAAAGUAGAUUCAGACGGCUCAUCCAACAAAAAUAAACAAUUCGAAAAUUUAGUUGAGGAUUUAUUCGUUCUUUUUCAUAAGCAAUUUGAUAAACUUGAAGAUAAAAUAAAACUAGGCACUUCUUUGAAAACUCACUAUGAUAAAAAUGCCCAACUACACGCCGAGUUUAGAAGUUAUUUACAGGAUUUGCAAGAUAAUAACAAGUAUAAAACAUUUUUGGGCUUUCUAUAUCAUAAUGGAAUUAUUCUUGAACAAGAUCAUUUAAUGGCAUACAAACUCUAUAAUGAAUGUGCUCAUAAUGAAGAUUCAAGGGCUCAAUGCUUACUCGGCCAUACAGUUAAUUCUUGA